GCGGCGCUGCGGCGUCGAGGCCGACAAGGAGCUCUCGUACCGGCAGCAGGCGGCCAACCUUAUCCAGGACAUGGGCCAGCGUCUCACCGUGUAUCCUUUUUGGGCAGUGGCCGAAUUCGGCGAGGGUUAAGCGAGGGUGGUGGGGAGAGAAGGAUCGAGAAUACGACGCCUGUGGUGUGUAGGAGAAGAGUCUGUCCGGUGGCGGCUCCUCCCGGUUCUUUCUCGAGACAGCCAGCCCGUUUGGGAAUCGCGAAGGCCUCGCUUGCUGUGGCUCCUCCUCCCGCCUUCCCUUUUCCUUCUCCUGAGGCCGAGUCGGGGAAGGCGCCACAGGCCGGGAGUCGAGGCGAAAGGAUUUUUUUCGGCGCCUACGUUCCGCGUGGCUUUGUAGGUCCACGCAUACCCGCACCGGUGUCCUACGCUGCCCUUCUCUUUUCCUCCUGUUUUGUGGGGCGAGGGUGGUGGUGGUAGGUGUCCUUGGCGCAGCGAAACAAACGACUCAACAAGGUUUUAUAUGCAUCAUUCCUUCACAAAAUUUAAUAGAAAUAUUAUAUCUCCUACUGCAUUAUUUUUGGCUGCAAAAGUGGAAGAACAGCCACGAAAACUCGAACAUGUUAUCAAAGUAGCGCAUGCUUGCCUUCAUCAAGAGCCACAGCUGGACACAAAGAGUGAUGCAUACCUUCAGCAGGCCCAAGAGCUGGUUAUACUUGAAACAAUAAUGCUUCAAACUUUAGGUUUUGAGAUUACCAUUGAGCAUCCACACACAGAUGUUGUGAAAUGUACGCAGUUAGUGAGAGCAAGCAAGGAUUUGGCACAGACAUCCUAUUUCAUGGCUACCAACAGUCUGCACCUUACUACGUUUUGUCUUCAGUACAAACCAACUGUGAUAGCAUGUGUGUGUAUACAUUUGGCUUGCAAGUGGUCCAACUGGGAGAUUCCUGUAUCAACUGAUGGAAAACAUUGGUGGGAAUAUGUAGAUCCUUCUGUUACAUUAGAAUUACUUGAUGAGCUAACACAUGAGUUUCUUCAGAUACUGGAGAAAACUCCUAAUAGGCUGAAGAGGAUUCGAAAUUGGAGGGCUAAUCAGGCUGCUAGGAAACCUAAAGGAGAUGGUCCUGCAUCUGAGAACUCUCUUCUUGGCUCAUCUUUGAUUCAAAAUUCCAUUUUGGUAGAUGCUGUUGCUGGCGUAUCUGCAAAUGCAAGUUUUCAAAAAUCAUCAGCAUCAACAUUUCCUGCCCCAGUUCCUCUGAACUCAGGAAGUAUUUCUGUUCAAGACAGUCAAGAAAAUCUGGCAAUACUGGCUACAGGAAUGCCAAGUACCUCCUAUAGUUUGUCAACACACCAAGAAUGGCCUCAACACCAAGAACAAACAAGGACAGAACAGAUAUAUUCUCAGAAACAGGAGACUGGUGGACAGUUCAACAUAAACUUUCAAACAGGCACUUCAUUGCAGUCACAUUUGGGGUUACAUCACAGAGCUGACAAACUCUCUGAGCAUUCUACUGCACACAAACCAGGAAACAAAUUCCACGGGCAGGUUGCUUCUGCCCCUGUAUUAAUGCCUCAGAAAAUGUCACUGGAUAAAUACAGAGAGAAACGCAAACUAGAAACGCUUGAACUAGAUGUAAGAGAACACUAUCUGGGCACUGAACUGCCAUACAAAAAGCACACACAAUCCCAAGCAACCUGUAGCAGUUCUGUACCUUCCCCUAUUAAAAUGAAAAUUCCCAUUACAAACGCAGAGAAGCCUGAGAAACACAUGCCUGACAAAAAAGAAAAGAGUGGGUCGCUCAAAUUGCGGAUACCCAUUCCACCCACAGAAAAGAACUCAAGUAAAGAAGAUCUGAAAAUGAAAAUCAAGGUUUCUUCCUCAGAGAGGCAUAGCUCAUCAGAUGAGGGCAGUGGAAAAAGCAAGCACUCUAGUCCCCAUGUUAGCAAGGAAAAGCACAAGGAACAUUCCACAAAUCGCCAUCAUGGUAGCAGUCAUAAGUAUUCCCAUUCUCAUACUGGUGGCAGUAGUAGUGGUGGCAAUAAACAUAGUGAUGGAUUAACACCAGCUGUUCUGAGGAGUCCUGUUGGCUUGAGCAGUGAUGGCAAUUCCUCUAGUUCCGGCUCUUCAAGAAAGAGGCUGUACAGCAAUGACGCUUCUCACAACCAUCACUCCAAAAUGAGCAAAAGUUCCAAAAGUUCAGGUAGUUCAUCUAGUUCUUCCUCUGUUAAGCAGUAUGUAUCCUCUCUCAACUCUGUUUUUAACCUUCCCUUACCCCCUCCUCCCCCUGUCACAUACCAGGUGGGCUACGGACAUCUCAGCACCCUCGUGAAACUGGACAAGAACCCAGUGGAGAACGGUCCUGAUGACAGUCACGAGUACAGUACAAACAGCCAGCAUAUGGACUACAAAGACACAUUCGACAUGCUGGAUUCACUGUUAAGUGCCCAAGGAAUGCAUAUGUAACCAGUUGCUUUGGUUCCUUUCUCCUUUUUUUAUUUAAGAAUAUUAGAAUGGAAAUCUUCAUAAGUGCAACCCCAGCAGUUGCUGCCCUACUUUAUAUAGAUAUAUAUAAUAUAUGUAAGUGCUGCUUUAUCCUUCACUCUGAAAAGAAGGGGUAUAGUGAAUGAACCUAUCUCCACAUAUGAUAGUGUUAUAAAUACUGUAAUGACAUGGAAGGUGCAAAAAUCACGGUAUUUUCCACAAACACAGUUAAGAACAAUAGAUUGAAUGGCUGCUUCUAGCUGUACGGGAUGCCUCACGCAUUGAUUAUUUAUAACUGAAUAUGCCAGCCACAGUUUUUGUUGCUUAGUUUAUGAAUGAGUGUAUUUUUUUGUGUAUUUAUACUGUAUGUAUGAUUUGCAUGUUUCGAAGAAGGGAUAUGUAAAGUAUACUGACAAAUGUUUACAACAAAAGUGGAGAGAAAUGUACAUACAUUUUUGUAUGUUUAGAUAUACCAUAAAUACUCAGGAUUGGAGCUGCUUGUAAGUAUAACAAAUACACAUAACUUUUUUCCCUUGUGUCAGAGUCAAUCAGAAAUCUAAACUUAAGUGGCACUUCAUGUUAAACUGUAGGCCUUAUUGGGAACUACUUCCUGAGAGCACUUCACUUAUUGGGGAUUAUGUACCAAGUGUGGAUGGAUGGUCAGCCAUGACACAGUAUCCCCAGUGAGGCAAUGUGAAAACUGCUCAGGCCUCCAUUUGUAAUUUUUUUUAAAAAAAAAAACAAGUUGACUGCUGAAAUAUCAGCUUUCAGACAGGGAAAUGAAAAUAAAGUUUAUAUAAUCUUUUUGAUGUGAAAGUGCAUUUAAUGUUUGGCUUGAUGCAGUAAUAGAGACACAGAGCUGUUAAUAAUGGAUAUAUAGAUUAAUGUGAUUUAAGAUCUGAAAUACGUAAACGUAUAGUGAAAUUAGUAAGUUUUUUUUUUAAAAAACCAAGUUAUUAGUGAACAGGGAUCACUGUUUUCCAUUAGCAUUUCAUACAGACAGCCACGUUUUGAAUUCCAAAAAAAAUGUGUGUUAUGUGAGUGAAAUGCCAUAUUUCUUUUACAGGUGGAAUACUAUCUUUGCAAUAAAUACAAUUAUUGGUAUCCCAACUUCUCCCGUAUCUCAGACAAUAAAAUAACUGUCACGUAUGCUACGUGAAUUGUACUUGUGAUUGUAGUAACAAAACUGGAGGUUGUUUUUUCAGCUCUGAAUAAUCACUCUCCAAUUAAACCACUAGUAUACAUUUUUAUGGCUGUAAGUGUCAUAUUACUGUUUUCAGUCACCUGCCUUUUUUAAACAAAUAAUGACCGUCGUGAAUGUUGAUGGGUUUUUGUUAAAAGCCAAUGUCCCAUUUUUGCCAGAUGACCCUAAGUGCAUGGAAAUUACCUCAGCAUAAAUUCAGUACAGUAGCAAGUGUUACUUACUGGGUAUUUAAUGUAAAGAUUUUAUUAAGUUAUCCCCGUGUCUUCAGAGGGAUUCACUAUUUGGUAACAUCUGUUCUUGCACAGUUUAUGCUCGGAUUGGUUAUAAACACUUCAGAAAUGAGACUGAAGUUUAAAGCCCUUUAGCUACACUAAGUGCUUUAGAUAAUUGUUGAGCAUGUAUCCAACUACACUUUAUUAUAGUUACACUAUAGUGUAACUACUUGUGCAUCAAUUACUAUGUAAUAUUCAGUUGCCAGUAAUGCAAAACUUUGUAUACAUACUUGAAUACGUUUAUUUGAAUUAUGGGUGUCUUUUUUAACACUUCUUGAACAUGGACACUAUGAAUAAUGUAUCUUCAGAUUUUAAUCUAGUCCUUAACCCUUCAGUCUGCUUCAUCCAAAACUGUUACUUCUUCACCCUUGUAACUUUCUACAUGGAAAGAAUAUUUCUUAAAACCCUGUAUUGUGAAACUUGAUCCUGCAUUGUUGCAUAUUUUUUAGCCUUUUUAGACUUCCUUCGCUACCUCAUCCAUGCUAUUAAAUCCUGAAGAAUUUUUGCCAUACAGUGUAAGCAAGAUUAACAUGUCUUAAAUUGUGAUUCCCAGUAGGAAAAAGACAACCAGUAAAUGUUUACUUUAAAUAAAAUUUAUUUACAAAGCCUCA